GCGCAGACCGGCGGGGCGGGACCCUUUUCCGGCCUCCUGCGACCCGGUAGAGCGUUCAGACUACGGAGUACCGUAGGAGGCCCAGGGUGAAAGCGUAGCGAGGUCCCCUGUGCGGAGCUCCUGCUGCCCCUCCUCGCUCAGCCACUGGCGGGCUGCUUAGCACUGCCUCCUAGGCCCACCCCGCAGCGCGAUGGUCCUAGGGAUGUUGGACUUUGGCCAGGACCCUUCCUUUCUUAGCCUCACUUUCCGAAUUGGGAUAAAAAGCCCGAAUGAUAAUGAUUCUUAUAGGAGUUCUUGAUUAAAAUAGGCCAAGCGGUACCUUGCGUUUUUGUUUGCGGCAACUCAUUGCUAAUUAAGCACUUUUCACGGACAGGAAUACAGUGGAGUGGCCCCUGGAGGAUGUUCAGUCUGCACGCUGAACCAGAGAAACCGGCUGACUUGUUUUUUCUUGGCCCAGAUUGUCCAAGGUGACCACAUUCAUGGCAGGUCCUCUGUCGCGGGCCGCAGCAUUUGUGCAGAGACACAGGACAGGCCUCCUGGCGGGUUCCUGUGCAGGCCUGUUUGGAGUUCAAAUCUCAUACCACCUCUUCCCGGAUCCCGUGAUCCAAUGGCUCUACCAGUACUGGCCUCAGGGCCAGCCAGCCCUGCUCCCUCCACAGCUGCAGAACCUCUUCGAAGAGGUGCUACAGGACAUGGGCAUCCCUUCAGGCCAUUGCUACAAGUCCUUCACCACCUUCACCUUCCAGCCUGUGAGUGCAGGCUUCCCAAGACUCCCUGCUGGGGCUGUGGUGGGCAUCCCUGCCAGUUUCUUGGGGAAUGUAGUGAUCAACAAUGGCCAUCCCGUGGUCAUACAUGGGCAAAGUGUGGACUGGCAGACCCCAGCAGGCGCCCGGCUGAGAGCUGCCCUGACCUUGUCCCAUGAAGCCCAGAAGUUCGCCUUGGCCAGAGAGGUGAUGUACCUGGAAAGCAGUACCGCUGCCCUGCAGGCCCUGCUGGCGCCAGCUUACUUGGCAGGGACCUGUGGACUGAGUGUGGGUGCCAAGUAUGCCCUGGGGCUCUAUGGAAGCCCCAUGAAUUUACGGGCUGCCUUCAGCUUGCUGGUAGCAGUGGCAGGCUUUGUGGCCUAUGCCUUGUCCAAGGACUCUCUCACCCACACCCUGGAAGCCUGGUUGGACCGCCGCACAGCCUCCAUCUCUGCCACCUAUGCCCGGGGUGGAGUGGAGUUCUAUGAGAAGGUUCUGUCGGGCAACCUGGCCCUGCGCAGUCUCUUGGGCAAGCGUGGGGAGGAGCUAUAUACACCCAGCGGAAACAUCAUCCCCAGACACUGGUUCCGCAUCAAACAUUUACCCUAUACCACCCGCCGGGACUCUUUGCUGCAAAUGUGGAGGGUGAUGCUCAGCUCAGGCCGCUCCUGAUGGGCUCAUCACAAGGACAGUUCCCGCUUGUGCAGACACCACCCUGCCACUGAGUCUGGGGGUCCUCCUGGAGCCUUUGCACCUAUAGCUCCAGGCUAGAAAAAUCACAGCCUUUGGAAUUAAAUAGCUUAGAUUCUACCAUAACCACUACUUAUGAACUUGGGGACUUUGGGCAAGUCUCUCUAUGAAUCUGAGCCUUGGUUUCUUGAAUUGUAAAGUGGAGAUGAUGUAUCUACCUGGCAAGAUUGUAGAGUUGGGUAAGGUCAUGAACAUAAGGGCCUGGUGCAAAGGGUACACCACAAAUAAACAGACGUCCCUCCUU